GUUGGAUCAGGGACACCUUCCACUGGCCCAGGGACACCUUCUACUACACCAGGGACACCUUCUAUUGGACCAGGGACACCUUCUGUUGGACCAGAGACACCUUCUAUUGGACCAGAGACACCUUCUACUAGACCAGGGACACCUUCCACUAGAUCAGAGACACCUUCUAUUGGACCAGGGACACCUUCUGUUGGACCAGGGACACCUUCUGUUGGACCAGGGACACCUUCCACUAGACCAGGGACACCUUCUACUGGCCCAGGGACACCUUCUGUUGGACCAAGGACACGUUCCACUCUCCCAGGUUGCUCCAGCCUGGACUUGAGCACUCCCAGGGCUGGAGAAAUGAAUCCAAAUUAACCCAGCAUGUCCCUGCAGAGGUUCUGCACCCAGGGCUGGGCUCUCCCUGCCAGGAAUCCGGGCGUUAGGUAACCCCUUCCAGCUGAGCAGAUCCCCAGCGGCCCCGUAGGUGUGUUUGAGUGCCAUCAGUGCUCACCCGAGUCUCAGGGAGACACCUGGCUCCGGGCACGUCAAAACCAUGAGGGCACCGGCUUGAUCGCUGGACUUCCACACAGCCAAGCCCAGCUGGCAGGGGGAUAAAAGGGGAGUCCCACCCUGCCUGCCCGCAGAGAGCAGAGUCUCUCUGGGCGCCGCGUCUGCCCGCGGGCUCUUCCUCCCUCCACAGCGGGCUCUUCCUCCCUCCAUACGGGCUGUCCCCUCCUGCACCAUGAACAGAACCUUCAGCGUGAGGGCAGGGCCCGGGAGCAGGUCCUACAGCGCUGCCUCGGCCAUCGUGCCCAGCAGCAGCAGGGCUGCCUUCAGCUCCGUGUCCGUGGCACGGGCAGGGGGAGGAGGAGGAGGAGGAGGAGGGGGCGGCUUUGGGAGGCUCGUCGGGGGAGGUGGAGGCGGUGGCGGUGGCGGUUUUGGCAGCAGGAGCCUCUACAACCUCGGGGGCAGCAAGAGGAUCUCCAUCGGGGUCGGGAGCAGCUUCAGGGCCGCCUUUGGGGGGGGAGCUGGAGGGGGCUCCGGGCUGGGAGGGGGUGCAGGGGGUGGUGCUGGGCUGGGGCUCGGUGCCGGGGGUGCUGGUGCCGGGCUGGGGCUCGGGCUCGGUGCAGGAGGAGGGUUUGGGGGUGCAGGGGCUGGCGCUGGGCUCGGGCUGGGGCUCGGCGGGGCAGGAGGGGGGUUCGGCUUCGGUGGAGGGGCCGCGGGGCCGGGCUUUGGGGGCGGGCUCGCGGGACCAGGAGGGUUCGGCUUUGGGGGGCCCGGGGGGCUGGGAGGGUUCCCCGGGGGGUUGGGAGGGGGCAGGAUCCCGGCAGGGUUCGCCGGUGGCCCCUCCGGGGUGGGCACAAUCCAGGAGGUGACGGUGAACCAGAGCCUGCUGGCCCCCCUGAACCUGGAGAUCGACCCCAGCAUCGGCCAGGUGCGCAAGGACGAGAAGGAGCAGAUCAAGAGCCUCAACAACAAGUUCGCCUCCUUCAUCGACAAGGUUCGGUUCCUGGAGCAGCAGAACAAGGUGCUGGAGACCAAGUGGACCCUCCUGCAGGAGCAGGGGCAGAAGAACAACUCCGGCAGGAGCAGCCUGGACCCGCUGUUCGAGGCCUACGUGGGCAACCUGCGGCGGCAGCUGGGCAACCUGCUGGGCGAGAGGGGCUGCCUGGACGGCGAGCUCAGGAACAUGCAGGACCUCGUCGAGGACUUCAAGAACAAGUACGAGGAGGAGAUCAACCGGCGCACGGCGGCCGAGAACGAGUUCGUGGUGCUCAAGAAGGACGUGGACGCUGCCUACAUGACCAAGGUGGAGCUGGAGGCCAAGGUGGACGCGCUGAGCGACGAACUCAACUUCCUGCGCGCCCUCUACGAGGCGGAGCUGGCCCAGCUCAGCGCCCAGGUGUCCGACACGGCCGUCAUCCUGUCCAUGGACAACAACCGCGACCUGGACCUGAGCAGCAUCAUCGCCGAGGUGAAGGCGCAGUACGAGGACAUCGCCAACCGCAGCCGCGCCGAGGCCGAGGCCUGGUACCAGACCAAGUUCGAGGAGCUGCAGGCCACGGCGGGCAGACACGGCGACGACCUGCGCAACACCAAGGGGGAGAUCUCGGAGCUCAACCGGCUCAUCCAGAGGAUCCGCUCCGAGAUCGAGAACACCCGGAACCAGUGUGCCACCAUCCAGACGGCCAUCGGGGACUCCGAGGAGCGCGGCGAGCUGGCCCUCAAGGACGCCAAGGCCAAGAUGAUGGACCUGGAGGACGCCCUGCAGAAGGCCAAGGCCGACAUGGCCCGGCAGCUCCGCGAGUACCAGGAGCUCAUGAACGUCAAGCUGGCCCUGGACAUCGAGAUCGCGACCUACAGGAAGCUGCUGGAGGGGGAGGAGAGCAGGCUCAGCGGGGAGGGACUGACCCCCAUCAGCUACUCUGUGAUCAGCUCCAGCUCCGGCCUGGCCGGCGGGGCCGGCCUGGGAGGAGGAUUUGGUGGACUGAGCCUGAGCGGGGGCGGCGGGAGCGGCUUCGGCCUCGGAGGAGGAGGUGGAAGCGGGUUUGGCCUCGGAGGAGGAGGUGGAAGCGGUUUUGGCCUUGGAGGAGGAGGUGGAAGUGGUUUUGGCCUUGGAGGAGGAGGUGGAAGCAGCUUCGGCCUCGGAGGAGGCGGAGGGAGCGGUUUCGGUCUCGGAGGCAGCGGAGGAGGAGGAGGAAGCUACAGCUUUGGAAGUGGAGGAGGACUCGGACUCGGGGGUGGAGGUGGUGUUGGAGGCGGAUUUGGAGGUGGCCACGGAGCAGGAGGCGGCGGCAGCAGCCUGAGCACCAGCGGGGGCAACUUCAGCUCCGGGAGCGCCAAAGGCACCAACCCCGGGGUGAAAAUCGUCUCCAAAACCUCCUCCAGCAAAAAGAGCAUAAAGAGCCAGAGCCUGAAGAACGCCACGGAGCCCGAGUAAAACCCAGCCCGGGCCCUUCCCAGACCUUCCUCCUGCUCCUGCCCCUCCUGCCCCCGUCCUGCCCCUCUGGCCCCUCGCCCGCCCCGGCCCAGCUCCGCAGUUCUCACACCUCCGGAUCCCAGGCCAAGGAAAACGCCUCAGCCGGAGCUCCCCGAGGCCUUGAAACGGGAUUAAAAGGAAAACGUGGGCCUAA